AUAUUGUUUUGUGACUCCCUCUGGACCAGGAACAUGUAUGCAGCUGUCACGUUCGUCGUCCUCAUAUGCUUGACUGCCGCCACACAUGCAGAUCACCAUCAGCCUUGUCAUUCACCUAACAUGACAGGAUUCCUGUCUGUGAUGAAAAUGAAGGGUGAGAUGAGAGCAUAUGGGGCCAUCACCUACGACUCGAUGGGCAAGAAACUGCGGUUCAGAUCAAACGAGAGCAACUUCGCAAACGCCACACUGAGUUUGGAUCUGCUGAUGUUCUUUGAGGAGGGAAUAUUCUAUGAGAUCGACAGCAAAAACCAGACCUGUGAGAAAAAGACGCUGCAGUGCACCAUCCAUCCUCUACAAAUUCCUAAUGAUGCCAAGUUUCUGGCUACGAUAAACAGUGGGAAUCCAUCCAUUGAAGGAGAGGGAUUAAAGGUCAACGCGUGGAUGGGAUCAAUGCCGGACAUGAAGGGCUUCUACUCCAUGUCUGUAACCAUGGGAUGUUUGCCUGUGUUCUCAAUGUACUUAGACGAGACAUCAUUCAUGUUCAGCCUUUUGGACGUUGAAAACGAGAUCAAGGAUCCCGAUCUCCUCCUGGUGCCUUCCUUUUGCCAGGGACUGCCUGUGGAGGAGACGCCUGAAGGGACAGUGAACAGCUUCCUCAACGAGUUCAUGUAG